UUGCGUGGUUGCAUCUCGAGUAUCGAGUCACAAUCGCCUGUCUGAAUCUGGAGUAUGUAGUUGCGGUGUUGUCAUCUUGAGUGUCCUUUUGCUCAUCCACAGCUGGUGGUGGUCGAGGACAUUCCUCAGUCCGAGACUCAGUCAGUCACUCAGUCAUCGGUGAGUCCGCCAGAAUUUGAAGGAAGGAAGGAAGCAGUGAGCCACCCGCUCUCUGGCUCUCUGGGCUGUCAACAUCCAGAGCAGAGAGCGACCUGAGCUGCUCCUGAGACCAGCUCCUCGUCGCCAUCAGUCCAUUCCUCCGUUCCCGUCUUCCCGCCUACGACGGGCAUUCUUCGGGCACACGUGUCAGAGGUUCGCUCAGCAUGAAAGAGGGCGUGUGCGUGUUGCCGGCCUCGAUCUCGUCCUUGACGUGGGACGAGUUGCUCGUGAUGACCGGCGCGUUCUUGCUCCGCUCGAUCUUGGCCUCGCAUCCGCACUCGGGCUGGCAAGACCCACCCCUCUACGGCGACUACGAGGCCCAACGCCAUUGGCAAGAGAUCACCGUCAACCUGCCCAUCCAGCAAUGGUACACCAAUUCCACGGACAACGAUCUCAACUACUGGGGCCUGGACUACCCGCCUCUCACGGCCUACCACAGCUACCUCAUGGGUCUGUGGGCCCGCUGGAUCGAUCCCGAAUACGUGUCCCUGAUGGGAUCACGAGGCAAAGAGGACCCGGCCCAUCGGACCUUCAUGCGGAACACGGUGUUGUUGGCGGACGUGUUACUGUAUUUUCCGGCGGCAUACGCCUUCGCCAAGUCCAUCUAUCCGUACAAUAGUCGGAAAUCCGCCUUGGCUCUGGCCUUAAUCACUCUCUAUCCGGGGCAAAUCAUGAUUGACAACGGGCAUUUCCAAUACAACAACAUGUCGCUGGGUCUGUUCAUUCUGGCCGUAGGCAUGUUUUGGCGUAGCUAUGACAUCCUCGGCUCGGUGGCCUUUAGUCUGGCCUUGAACUACAAGCAAAUGGAGCUGUAUCACGCUCUGCCCGUGUUCUUCUACCUCUUGGGGCGAUGCCUUCAGCAACCAGGCCUGAUGGGCAAAGGCCUGAAACUGGCUGGUCUCGGCUUGGCUGUGAUCGCUACGUUCGCCGUGGUUUGGGCGCCCUUUUUGGGAGACCUCUCACUCACGUCGCAAGUGGUGCAACGGAUCUUCCCUUUCAAUCGGGGCGUGUUCGAGGACAAGGUGGCCAAUUUCUGGUGCACAUUGAACAUUGCCAUCAAGAUCAAAUCCCUGCUCAGUCAAGAGAUGUUGGCCGUGCUCUGUUUGAUCACCACCGGAUUGCUCAGUCUGCCCAGCAACCUGCAUGUGAUGCUGCGUCCCAACGGCGAGAACUUCUUGUACGCCCUAGUGAACACGGCCUUGGUGUUCUUCUUGUUCUCGUUCCAAGUGCACGAGAAGUCCAUCCUGUUGGUGGCCAUCCCUGUCACGUUGUACGCGGGUCAAGCUGACAAGGAGCGAUACUCGGCCAUCACCAGCAUCUGGUUCCUCAUCAUAUCCAUUUUCUCCAUGUUCCCGUUGUUGUAUCGCGAUGGUUUGGGCCUGCCCACGCUCUCGUUGAGCGUGUUUUUCAUCCUGGGCAGUCAUUACACCAAGUUCCUGGAACCCAUUCGGGCCUUUGUGGUCAAAUCCCCCAAUUCGAAGCGGGUCUGUCCGAUCGAUAGUCCGUGGAAGUUCGAUCAGCUCGUCCAAGGCGGAUUCCUAAUCUCUAUGGCGGGGUGCAUUACGGCUUUGUGGGCAUUCUUGUGCGUCCGACCUCCAGGUCAUUUACCAGAUCUGUGGACCGUCAUCAUAUGCGCUUAUUCGGCCCUCCACUUCAUCGGCUUCAGUAUUUAUUUCCAUUACCUUCAGAUUUUCUCCGACACCGUCAACCUCUCCGAAGUCAAAAAAUCGAAUUGAGAUGCUCUCCAAUGCAUGCAUGCAGCCAGCUACUACGACGUAUUGAUAACCGUUCCAUGGGCUCGUGGAGUCCCUGGCUCGUGGCUCCCGUUUUAUCCGCCUUCUCAUCACCUCGUUUUGAAAAUAUAUUUAUAUUUAAUAACCGCAACUGUCCAUUCUGAAUUGGUGCUUGAAUUCAAUAAAACUUUAUACCGAAA